GCCAAAUGCAUCAGGAACUUGGCCUGGAAUGCGCGUGCGUACGUCAAGCUGCCAAGCGAAAUGAUUGAUAUUCCCGGGACCUGCACAUUCCACCUAGUUGAGUAGAUGAGCGCACACGUGCGUGGCUGUUAAUGAUUAAUCAAAUAGCAAAACCACAAUUAGCACCUUUUCGUCAAGAAAUUCUGUUAUUUUCGACUGCUGUAAGGUUAGUUUGAACAGCUGUUUUCAACAAAGGAUUUCAGUUGGUUUAACAAUGUACACCAACCACUUGCUGACUGUCCACCAAGAAAAUCAGUGUUGAUGCUUUUAACAGAAGGGUUGUGCAUAAAUGCAGUUAUUGCCAGCCCUUCGUCCUUCCAUUGUAAUUGCAAAGGCAACAGCUGGGUAGUCUCUUUAGUCAUUCUUUAUUUUUUAAAAAAAUCACGGUCCUGACGAAAUCCUUUCUUCAGAUUUGUGGAUGGGUGAAAUCCUCGAUGGCAAUUCCUGGCCCGGUGAUGCAGGUGGUGAUACAAGGUCCUCUGUCUUGCAGCAGGGUAAAGAUGAGGAAGAACUAUUGGAAACUAUAAAUGAUCCCCUUGGAAAUUCUGAGCAACAAGUAGAGGGAACUUCUCCGAAUGUACCAAGUUUGGCAGAUUGCAACACUUCAAACUCUGCGAAAAUGGAAAAGAAGAAAAAGGAGGAUUCUAUAACCAACAAGGGAAAGCAAAGAAAAUCUGCUUCAGUUGUAACGCAAUUAAUGGGAACAGAAUCGUAUCCUGCGAAAGUUGCUCCUGCAACCAGCUUGUGGAGCACAGGGAUGAGCAGUGCGGUCAAGAUCCGAAUGGAGGAAUCUGGUCGAGGGGCAGAUUCGCCUCUGACUGUUGGACAGCUGUUUAGCCUGGUGGUUCGAAAUUUUGGUCAGCGCGAUGCUUUGGCUUUCAAAGUCGAUGAUCGGUGGGAAAAAUUCACCUAUCAACAAUAUUACACUCAAUGCCGAACUGCUGCUAAAAGCUUUCUUAAGCUUGGAUUGCAACAUUUCCAUGGAGUUGGUAUCCUAGGAUUCAACUCGCCAGAGUGGUUCAUCGCAAACUUAGGAGCAAUUCUGGCAGGUGGCCUGGCUGUUGGGAUUUAUACAACAAAUUCUCCAGAAGCAUGCAUGUAUAUGAUCCAGGACAGCAACACUGAAGUUGUGUUGGUGGAGAAUUAUAAACAACUGCAGAAAAUCAUGCAGAUUAGAAAUGAGUUGCCGCACCUCAAGGCAAUUAUUCAGUACAAGCAUGAGGUGGAAGAACAGCAUCCUGGCCUUUAUACUUGGAAACAAUUCAUGGAACUUGGAAGUAGUGUCAGUGAAAUGGAGCUGGCUGAAGUUAUCAACUCUCAGAGGGCUAAUCAAUGUUGCAGCUUAAUCUAUACAUCUGGAACUACGGGGGCACCCAAAGGAGUGAUGCUUAGCCAUGACAACUUAACUUGGACUGCCUAUGCAGCAGGAAAGUUGGUGGGACUUUCUUCUGAAAUUCCAGUAAGAGUUGUCAGUUUUCUUCCAUUGAGCCACAUUGCAGCACAGAUGAUGGAUAUCUGGAUUCCACUGAGGUUUGGAGCCACAACCUACUUUGCACAGCCAGACGCACUUAAGAGUUCUUUAAUUGAAACUUUGAAGGAGGUACGUCCCACUGCUUUUUUAGGAGUACCACGUGUCUGGGAGAAAAUGGAAGAAAGAUUAAAAGAAAUUGGUGCUAAAUCAUCAGCUCUGAGAAGAAAAAUAUUUGGCUGGGCAAAGGAUAAAGGCCUACAAGCAAGUUAUAAUCUUAUGAAUGGAGUUGAUUCAAUGCCUUGGGGAUAUUCGCUGGCAAAUAAACUGGUGUUUCAGAAAGUUCAGAAUGCCCUGGGCCUGGACCGUUGUAGCCUGUGCUUUACUGGAGCUGCACCCACCGCUCAAGAUACACUGAAGUUCUUCCUGAGUCUCCGGAUCAUAGUUUAUGAACUGUAUGGAAUGAGUGAGAGUAGUGGUCCACACACAGUCUCCUUUGCAGGAUCGUUUCGAAUUGCCAGCUGUGGAAAGGAGAUAGAUGGCUGCAAGACUAAAAUUGUAAAUCCAAAUGAAGAAGGCGUUGGAGAAGUGUGUUUCUGGGGAAGAAAUGUCUUCAUGGGAUACCUGAACCUGAAGGAGCAAAGCAAAGAAGCUCUGGAUGAAGAGGGCUGGUUGCAUUCUGGAGAUUUGGGAAAAUUUGAUGAAGAUGGAUUCCUGUACAUUACAGGCAGAAUAAAAGAGUUGAUAAUCACUGCUGGAGGAGAGAAUAUAGCUCCUAUCCCCAUUGAGGAGGCUGUUAAAAGCAAACUACCACUGAUUAGCAAUGCUAUGCUAAUUGGUGAUAGAAAGAAAUUCCUCUCCAUACUUCUCACUUUGAAGUGUAACGUAGAUAGUGAAACAGGAGCUCCACUGGAUGAGCUGGCUCCUGCAGCUGUUGAUUUCUGCCGGAAACUUGGGUGUGCAGUUACCAGUGUGGGGGAAUUCGUGGAAAAACAAGAUCCCAUGAUUGAGAAGGCGAUUCAGAAUGGAAUUGAUGCAGUGAAUAGAAAAGCCACAUCAAAUGCUCAGAAAAUCCAAAAGUGGAUAAUUUUGGCAAGAGACUUCUCAAUUUAUGGAGGAGAAUUAGGUCCAACACUGAAAGUGAAAAGGUCUGUUGUGGCGAGCAUGUACAAAGAAGAGAUUGAUGCUUUUUAUACUGAGUUGAAUCUUUCUGCUGAUUAGAAGAUUAAAAAAAUCCUGGUGGUUAAAAAUAAUAAAGUCUGGCAGAUUUUGUAAUAUUAUCUUCAAAUGAACAAGAAAUUGUGAUUAAUUUCACUGUUUAUAUAAUCUUUAGGUAUAGGAUGUGAUUUGAUGGUGUAAACCACUAAAUUGUAAUUUCCUGUUGUUUUGUUUAUACGUAAUCACUUGCUUCCUGCUUUUAUUGAGAAUUAAACUGACCUGCUAAAUUUUAAUG